AUGGCCACUGACAUGAAUGGAAAGAUAAACAUAAUCUACAGUGAGCUGAUGAGAAAGUUCGACGCUUUAAGUGAACACAUUAAGAGACUGGAGAGUCAAGUAGCGGAGAAUGCGACCGCCAUCAAAAGAGAAAUGGUACGUCUCCCUGGGCGAACUGACGCGAAUCCGAAGCGUCAAGUUAAUGUUGUGUUGCUAAGGAGCGGAAAACGCCUCAUCCCGAGCACAAUAGAAAUCAACCAUGCAGAAAAACCCGCUGAAGUUGAAAAGACCGGCGACAGUAGAUCACUGCCGAUAAUUCUGGAUAGUCCCAACCCAGAAUUAGAAACUUCUCGAGAAAAAGGACGGUCCAACACUGAGGAAGCGGCUAUCGACCUCGAGGAGGAAGAAGAGGAGUUGGAAGAAGAAGUGGAAAUAGAUCGACAAAAAGGAAACAACGUUGAUCGACCAACUACGGUAAAUAUCGAUCGACAAACUGGAAACAAUGUCGAUCGACGCUCGACUUCUGCUGAACCAGCCGUAGAGAGAGUGUAUAGGACUUUACCACCUUUUCCUCCUAAUAAGACGCAAACUAAGCGAGAAUUAGAUAAGGCGAUCUGCAAGAAAGCAUUCGAUAAAAUCACGUUGGAAAUGCCAUUGAGUGAUGUCAUAAAAGUAUCACCUUCAAUAAAGAAAUAUGUAAAAGACAUGGUAUCCAACAGCUUCCCAGCCGCUGAGCACAGCGUCAUGAUGGUUUCGGAGGAAGUGAGUGCAAUAAUCCAAGGCGAAACUCCGAUCAAGUGGCCCAAUCCGGGCAGCUUUGUUUUGGAUUGCAAUAUACGAAAUAAAAGUCUUCCUCGAUCCCUUUGUGACCUAGGUUCCAGCGUGAACCUCAUGCCGCACUCUGUCACGAUAUCCCUGGGAUACGACAAAUUCAAACCAACCAAAAUAACUUUGGUUCUUGCCGAUAGAUCCGUUAGAGUACUUGAGGUAGUACUUGAUGACGUGUCAAUAAGGAUUAACGACUGUCACGUACCAACGAAUUUCGUUGUGCUGAAAUACCAGAACGAACCGAAAGAUCCCCUUAUUUUGGGUAGACCAUUUCUAGCUACAGCUGGUGCGGUCAUCGACGUCAAGGAGGGUCAGAUAUGUUUAAACAUUGGAAACAUUCCAAUGACCUUCGAUAUGGAAAAAAUGAUAAAACGACCCUUAAUCGAUAAACAGAUCUCCUACAUGGACGAUAUCUCUGAGCUGGCUGAAGAAUCCUUCGUAGACCUAUGCUCAGAUGAUCCUCUGGAAAAAAAAUGCUUACAUCUACCGAAGAGGAAACAUUUAGUGUCGACAGGAGGGCUGAUGAAUACAUGCGAUUAA